GGCUUCACGAGCAAAACCCUCGGCGAGAUUUCACCAUUCUCCUCCUCCUCGCGCGUGUUUCUUUCAGCCAACUCGUUGAAUAUCCAAGUUUUUCGGGCUGUAGCAGACCAUCCAAAGUUUCGCCACGACAUCAGGGAGAUUAUCUGGGACGACGCACGGUUUAUGUCCGCGCCGUUGAUAUGGGAAGAGCGUGCACCCAACCAUCAACCCCGAACCAUCGGAAAUACCGCGACGUGGACCGACCUGACCAUAUUGCACGUUAGCACCAGAUGGAUGCCCAAAUGCCGUUGGGAGCCUGCUGGAAGUAUUACCGGCAACUUUGUGAUGAUUAGACAUUCUCACGGCUCAAAGAGAGUGACCGUUACGCUUACGGCUCACGGCUGGCUGUUUGCUCCGCUAUACGAGACAUAG